AUGUUUAUAAUAAAAUAUUACACCCAGUACUUAUCUUAAUACUAUCAAGAUAAUGCUUAAUAGAUAAUAUUUGAGUGUGACAAUGCAAAAAAUAGGAUUUUCAGCAGAAUGUAAUUUUUUAUUAUAAUAAUUAGAAGAUUAUAAUAAAUUAAAAAAAACAUGACUCAUUAAUUAUCUAACAUAGAAAAAAUUAAAUAGUAACUUCAUCUUUAACAUUAAGUUAAAGAGAUACUUGCAAAAGAAUAUGUCGAUUUACAAGACAAAGAGCAUUUUGAGGUAUUAAAAUAUUAAUACUAAGGUAAUUGUUGGAGUAUUGGAGAAACCCAAAAAGUUGAGAAAUGCAAACGAUUUAUAAUUGUUAGUAAUGGCUUUCUCAUCAAUUAAAUAUUUUUAAGAGAUGAGCAAGACCACCAGUUAAGAUGAAAUGCUUAAUUUAUUUAGAGUAUAAGUGUUACUUCAUGAAGGAAUUGCAAUUUAUAGAAGUACCUGCCAGAAGAACUUUAUUUCGUUUAGGAGAUAUAGGAAAGAACUUCUAUAUAAUUUUGAGCGGUUCAGUCUGGGUAUUUCAAACCGUCAUCAUAUUAGGUGUUAGUUGCCAGAUCAGGUUUAUAAAGUGGUACAUUCUCAAAAAAGGAUGAGAACAAUAAGGAUAAAGUCGAAAUAGAUGAAGGAACCUUUUAAGUAAAUACAUAAUGGAAAUUAAUUUAGGAUGAAGAUGAAUUCAUCGAAUUGGAUGAUGAAAGUAUGCUUUCUUAAAAAUAUCCAAAUUUAAUGAAAGUUGGCUAAAUAGCAGCAGGAGGCAGUUUUGGUGAAAUAGCUCUUACUAACUUUAUCCCAAGACAAGCAACAAUUGUUUGCAAGGAGAACUCCCAAUUCAUCACUUUAUCAAGGGAAGCCUUUAAUAAAUUUCUAUGUAUAGAAUAAUCAAUUAUAGCAUUAAAGCUGAAUAUUACAAUCGAAUUCAAUAGAAGAAUUUUGAGUUUCUCAAAUCUAUUCAAAUAUUCAAGGCUUGGAAUGAUGCAGAAUUAAGUCAAAUGCAAUAUCAUCUUCAACCUUUAGAAUAUUGUUAUGACACACUGAUAUUCAAAGAAGGAGAAAUCGUCAAGUAUAAUAAUUUGUAUUAUGCACAGGGGAGUCUAUUUUGUGCUAGAAGGCUAGAUAGAAAUAACUCAGAAUGCAAAAAAUGAUUUUCACUUUGAUUAACCAUUCGGUCGAAGAUUGCAAAGAUCAUAUAGUAAUAUUAUUUCAUUCUAUUCAAGGUCAAAAGAAUAUUCAAUUAAAAUUAAAUAGGUGUGGGUAUGGAUAAUUAUUUGGAUACUUAGAAAUAGUCUCUAAUUAAGAAUUUCGCUAAUCAAAAGCUGUGUGUUUAACAGAAAAGUCCAAAAUGCUAUUCUUGCCAGCAGAUGUAUUUAUUUAAUAUAAAAUUAAGAGAUUUAAAUUAUAUUGCUGUAGUGGAUCAACUUUAUCAGAGUUAAACAAAAUGAUUGAAAAGCUAGAUGAAAACAAGAGAAUUUCUAAGGAAAUAUUUUUGGGCAAUUCAAAUCACCAUUCAAGUGGAUUUGAUUUCUUAACUUAAUCGCCUAGUUACUUAAUUAAAACAUAGGAUGAAGAUGAUAAAUUUGCUUAAGUUAAUUUAACCUAAUAGAAUCGUUAAUCAUCCCAUAAAAUGAAUCAUUCAUAAAAAAAUACUGAAAGGAAACCUCAAAGGGUUGUAUAAGAGAUUUUAGGUAAAAUUUAACAUCAACCUUCUAAUAUUUAAAGUUACUAUGAAUUUAUUUCAUCACAUUCCAAAGAGAAAAAACAAGAACUUACCUUUGAAUGUCCACUUAUUGAAAUUCAAUAAAGUAGAAAAGCAAAGAUUCUAUAAUAAUAAUUAUAGCAUUAGUAAUAAACUUAAAUUUUGAAAACUCCAUGUUAAAAUAUAGAUUCGAGAGUAUGUUUGAUUUAGAGUUUAAAGCUACCUAAAUUAUUUAAAAAACAAAAGAAUAAAGAGGAUGUGUAAUUGUAGGUUUAUAAGUUUGUAAGAUAAUAAAAUUAAAGUGUUUAACUUUAUUGA